AUGUACGUGCUUGAGGACGAGCGUCCGCUGGAGCAGUACCCCGCCACGGAAGGUCGUACAAAUACGGGUGAAUGGGUACGAUUUACGAUGCGUCGUAUUGAGGAGCUUCGCGCCCGCAAUGACCCGACCUACCAGCCCCGGCCGCUUCGAAGGAUACGAGAGCAACUCCAAGCGCGCCGUACGGCGGCGGUGGCGGCGGUUGCCGCUGCCGCCGUCGCCGCUGGCACGGCGGCGGAGGGAGGGGACCAGGAUAAGAUGGUUUCGGCGCCGUCCACGGCCGCAGACGCCGCGUCCCAGCGCCGCGGCGAGCUCGGGCACGGGCACGGGCACGGAGGGCAGAAGGCUGUGUUGAAGAUCAAAUUGGCGGAGGAGGGCACAGGCGGGAUGAAGAACAGCAUCGUGGCCCAGCUGAAAUUGUUGCAGCAGCUGCAGCAGCAGCAGCUCUCAAUGCAGCUACAGCCCAUGACGCAGUUUUUUGUCGUACCGGAACAAUUCCCUUUGAACGUGGACGUGGACCAGCCGGCGGCGGCAUUGACGACGCAGCAAUCGCAACAACAGCAGCAGCAACAACAGCAAAACCAGGUUGUGCUCGACAUGGCACGUCCCGUGGUUGAUGGGAGGCGCAGAAUACGCUAUCUAAGAAGCAGAGGGCAGCUUACCCCCGAGUACUCUUAAAACAAAGCAUGGAACAGUUCCCGUAGCGUGGCUUGGACCGGCUGCCGCCGUUGCUUUCCUUGUUGCUGCGCGGCUUCUCCUAUGGCCCGCAACAACUCAGGAAAAACGAAAGCCCUUGCAGAAAACACAACGCAAGGAACGACUAAAGGCCAAAGGCAACGCGGAGAAGAAAAACACAAAAUUCUAAGCCAGCCAUUUAAGCAGCGUGUGGUUUGUGCUGGAGAUGACGCAACCGCAGGCAGACGUAGACAGUCAGGUCGAGCGCGCAGCACAAAGAGUAACCUAUUGCAACGCAAAAUGUUAAAGAGAU